UAAUCAGAGCCAUGUAUGGUGGCGGAGGAAACUUUCAUGUUCCAACCAAAAAAAACAAAGCCUUUUGCCUCGUUGACCGAACCAGUUCUUGAAUUGUCCGCCCAAAUUAGGCUCCUGUUGGUCGAAAAAGAAAAUACUAGUCGCUCUCAAUUUCUCAGUCUCCGUGCAUCUGCCCACGAGACCAUGAAAUUCUCUCUGCAAUCAAAAUCCUCUUCUAGACCUAAACCCAUCAAACCCUCACAAAACAACUUCGACGACUCCAAAGACAACAGCAACGAUCGCGAAGAUUCGAAGCGAUUGCAAUACAUCACCCAAUUCGACGCUUCCGAAACCCUAACCCGCAAAAAGGAAUCCACGAAUCACGUAAUCGCCCCCAUCCCCAACGAAUGGAGGCCCCCCAAGCGGAUGAAGAACCUCGAACUUCCGAUCACCUCCCAAUCCGACGGCUCCGGCGCCCUCUCCUUCGAGCUCGAUUCCGGGACCUCCGUCGACGCCCACGAUUCCAAAAUCUCUUACGGCCUCAAUCUCCGCCAAAAAUCCGAUUCCAACGACGACGACGACGAUCGUUCACGGUCUGCUCCUGUUCCGGUGGAAACCAUGUUGCUCCAGAAGCUGAAGAACGACCUCGAGAGGCUCCCAGAGCAUCGGGGCGUGGAGGAGUUCGAGGAUGUUCCCGUGGAGGGCUUCGGCGCCGCCUUGCUCGCGGGGUACGGGUGGUACGAAGGGAGAGGGAUUGGGAAGAAUCCCAAAGGGGAUGUGAAAGUGGUUCAGUACGAGAAGAGGACGGACAAGCAGGGCCUGGGGUUUCUGAGCUCCGAUGAGAAAGAGAAAGGGGAAUCUAAAGGGAAAAAUGGCGAUAGAGAACGGAGGUCUUCCAACGUUGGCAAAGACAGUCGGAGUUCGAAAGAAGAGGAUCGCGAACGUUUCAGGAAAUCUAAAGAAGAAGAACCAAGGUUUAGAGAACAAAGUAAGGAUUCGAAAAGGAAGAAGAAUCAACCAGUAUCGUGGCUAAAGAGUCACAUUCGGGUCAGGAUAAUCAGCAAGGAACUCAAAGGAGGAAGAUUGUAUUUGAAGAAGGGGGAGGUUGUGGAUGUGGUUGGACCCACCACGUGUGAUAUCUCCAUGGAUGAGAGUAGGGAGCUAAUUCAAGGGGUCUCACAAGACCUUCUUGAGACUGCUCUGCCCCGCCGUGGGGGACCCGUGCUUGUUCUGUUUGGUAAGCAUGAGGGUGCGUACGGGAAUCUUGUCAAAAAGGAUUCGGAAGAAGAAACUGGUUUGGUUCAGGAUGCCAAUAACCAUGAGUUGCUCCAUGUGCGGCUCGAACAAAUUGCAGAGUUCAUCGGGGAUCCCAGCUGCCUUGGAUAUUGAUAGUUGUUGAUUCUCUUGCUGACACUCCAUUGUAUCCGCAGGUCGUAUUCAAGAAAAGUGACGGGAGUCCGGUGGAAUCCUGCGAACUAAACCAUGCCAAGGCAUAAGGAAACGAUCUGGCUGUCCCAAAAUAUUGAAUAGAGAGAGGGCAUUUUGGUCGGAAUGUGGUGUAAAGCGACAGCAAAGGAUUAAAGUGUUCGAACUUCGACGACACAAAGGAUCCCCAAAAUAUGUCAGAAUUGUCGUCAGCUUUUUGUGAAAGGUUGUUGAUGGUGCAUGGUGUUAAAUAGCUGAGUUUACUUGGAUGAAUGAAACCCAAUGAGCCCCAUUAGGCAUUAACCUAAUGUGUUGUAGAUAAAGCAUUCCUCCUAUGUAUAUAAAAGAAAUAUAUAGAAUGAAAUAUGUUAGAUACCAUGAAAAGAGUGCAGCAAGAGUUGAGAGAGAGAAUAUAAAAGAGAUAGAUGUAUUUCAGAUUAUUUUGAGUCACUGUACACUUCACUUGAGA